CAAAAAGUGGCGGGGGCGAGAGAGGAGGAGGUGGACGAACGAGAGGAGCAACGAAGACGAAGAGGAAUUAGAAGGAUCUCUCUUUCUCUGUGCGAGUGUGUGUGGGUGCCGCAGUGAAACUGCUGUCGAUCCGUGUGUUGCUGUCGUGCUCUGAGCAGCGGCGGCGGAAGUGGUGGCGAUUGUUGCGUGUGUGUGAGAGUGUGUGGGGGGCUGGGAGUGAGUGUACGAUUGCCAGUUGCGCAGGAACUCGCGAGCUCUUUCCAGUGGGUUCGUCUUCACUCUAUGGGGAAUUUGCUGGGUCUAACUCCCUCUGUGAUUUUCCAUGCGCUUUUUUUCUUCAUAAUUUUAGAAAAAAUACUUCAUGCUUGCUAGAUUGUUUCGAAGUUGUACCUCUCGCUGCUUCCACAUGGCCGUCCCUCCCUUGCAGCAGUGAUGGAUGGUGUGAGGUCCUGUAACGUAUCGUAUGAUUGGAUGCCCUGGUGAUUCUUGAGUAACACACUCUCAUAGGUGCGGUCCUUUUCCGCCAUGUGAAGGCGGCCUUGGUUCAUGAACUACACGCUUCGCGCUCCACCCAUCACUGAGCCUGGCAUGGGACGCAGUGCUUUCUGAAGGGUCGGGCGAGGUGGUUUCGGUUUGGAUAUUUGGGGGGAACUGCGGAAUCGGUUGAUGUCCAACAGCGUUGGAGUUUGAGCUGGAGGGAAGUCUGACCUGGGGACGGCCACUUUUGGGGUUCCGCAAUCGUGGAGAAUUGUGUUGGGAAAUGGAUAUUUUGUCGUGGUAGACAAUUCCUGGAGAUUGUGUGGGGUUGAAAGCAGAUUUUACCGCCGGCUGUCCAGUGACGUAAAGAUGGGGUGGUGAGGACGAAGGGCUCGGCUGCAACUGUAGGUUUGUGAGGGCAGUAGUUUGUACACUUGAAAGCAGAGCUGCAGAGAGCUUUGAGAAUGCAUGUGGGUGAGGAGAGGCCUGAGAGAUCAUUGGUAACCAGCUGACCUGGUGCUAUUCUGGCUGCAACGUCUUCUAGGUGCGAAGUAGUGUGCUGAUAUGUUUCAAUUUCUGAUUGAAGUCGCUACACUUCAUGUGUCCUGAACUACGCUGGCAUCUUAAUCGAAGUUAACGCAACGACAGAUUCCCGAUGAGGCUCUGCGUUUCUUUACCGAAAGAAGGAAGUCAUUUGCUGGUGUCUGUGUGUUGGACCAGGGGAAAUAUGAACGCUUUCUAAGCUCUCCGUAAGCCCGGAUGGUCGUUGCCAAAACGCCGUAGGCAUCAUAAUUCAAAUGCUCACUUCCGCAGGAGAAUGGUGAAGUUAUGGUCGUCUUCUGUGGAAGGAAAGAGCCAUCAUUCUAGCACAAUGGGAGUUUGGCGAGGAAAGAUGUCUAAAAGGAGGUCUUUAUGGGCCGCAGGCAUUAUGUCGCUCUUGUUUCUAUUUUUUCUGAGUUGGGCAACAAUAGCGAAUUUGGGGGACCGUGUCUACAAUGAUUACUUGAAGGGGGACUUGUGCCAAAUGCUUCCCAGCCCUUCCCCGCAUCCUAAAGGCUACUCGUCUCACUCUGCUCCCCCCUCCAAACAGAACACCUCGUUCCCGAAUCAUGUUCCUAUUCCGAUUCUCCCGCCCAUUCGAAACUACACUGAUGCAGAGCUCUCAACGUUUGUGCUGGCGAAAGAUAUACUAUCCCGAGCGAAGGAUCCCGUUGGAAAUGCCAAAGUAGCAUUCAUGUUCUUGACAGGGGGACCUUUGCCAUUUGAGAAGAUCUGGGAAGAAUUUUUUAAGCAGGGCCAUGAAGGAAAAUACUUGAUUUACGUACAUUCUUCUCGAGAACAACCUGCUCGAAAUACCAGCAUGUUUCAAGGGCGAGACAUACGACCCCAGAAGGUAUUUUGGGGUCGAAUCGAAAUGGUGGAUGCUGAGAGGCGACUGCUUGCCAAUGCUCUUUUGGAUCUGGACAAUCAAUACUUCGCCUUAUUAUCAGACUCGUGUAUUCCUCUUUAUCCCUUUGACUACGUGUAUGAGUAUCUUCUGGGUGGAAACAUGAGCUACGUGGAUUGUUUUGAAGAUCCGGGACCCCAUGGGCAAGGGCGCUACAUGGAUCAGAUGAUGCCAGAAGUUAGGAGGAGUGACUGGAGGAAAGGAGCACAGUGGUUUGCUGUGACCCGGUAUCAUGCUUUGAUGAUAGUGGCUGAUCACCUAUAUUACAGCAAGUUCAAGUUGAACUGCAAGCCUGGCCCAGAGAAUCGAAAUUGUUAUCCCGAUGAACAUUACAUCUCAACGUUUCUACAUAUAAUGAAUCCAGCAAACCUGGCAAAUUGGACUGUGACUUAUGUGGACUGGUCUGAAAGGAGGUGGCAUCCAAAGACCUAUACAAAAAAUGAUAUUACAUUUGAAAGAUUACAGCUUAUACAGAACAUCAAGGAACACGUGCACGAGACUAGUGAUAGCCUGGGUAUUAGAACAGUGAAGCCAUGUCUGUGGGGCGGACAACAGCGGCCUUGCUUUCUAUUCGCACGCAAAUUCUUGCCAGACACCGCUGGCGAUCUGUUGCAGCUCCUCUCUAAUGUUACAUGGCCACUUAGUCGACAUCAACAGGAACGAUCAUCCGCGACUUUCAGAUUCUGAAUACAUGGGGAUGGAGUCGACUGUUUUGUAUGCUACAUCAUUAAGAACAUCAGAUAGAUCGCAGCCAUUUAUGGUACAUCCUACCACAACACAGUACAAAGGAAGCAUCAUCUGAACUCCAGAAUUCAUCCUCGCCCAACACAAAAAUUAUGGGUCUUUGCACAUCUUUCGCUCAACAGAGAGCAGAAUCGGAUUCUAUGCUUCGCUGAUGCAAAAUUGGAUUACUCACUAUCAUUCCGUCACAAUUGAGCUUUUUGCAACACAAAGUGCCCAGGGUUAAUCUUCCCGCGACACUGCAAGGCUUCGUCCAUGAGGCUGCGACAAACGAGGUCGUUUUUGGGGCAUUUUCAAACGUGGCCAUGAACGAUGCGACCCAUUUGAAGAAGAUGCCUCUGAGUAGCUUCCUAGUCACUUCCGUUGUCCGAAACCCUCGAUCUGUUCAUCCUCCGCAUCAUUCGUGAUGGAUGAAAUCCCUCUAUUUCGAUAUCGUAGAUAAAGAGUUUAUUUAUUGUACAGAACCUCGUACACAAACAUUCUCUCUUCUCAAUAAAAGAGUGAAAGUUGCAUUGUGUUGACACAUUCUUUUUUUAUAUUUU